AUGGUUCUGCUAAGGAGUGUCCCUCCACCUAGCGAGGGAGUCCGGCAUUUACAAGCCGAGACCACAGCAGUGUUGGACGGGAAGGGUCUCGGCGCAGGGACUCUCUACGUUGCUGAAACGUAUGUGAUGUUCUGGUGUGGUGGCUAGCAAGUUAGAUAGCAUUGUUAGCCAGUUUACAUUUGUUAGUUAGCAUGCUAGCUAAUUUCUUUAAAGUCUUUAAAUCAGGAAAUUUAAAUACUUACAUGUUUCCUUUGUGUUUUGGCUUUGAAAAUAAACGUUUUUUGUACAUUUUUUUAGUCAUUUAGCAGACGCUGUUAUCCAGAGCGACUUACAAUUUAACCAUGAACUUGAAUUUUGCAUCACGUUCCAUGUUAGCUAGCUAACUAGUCAAUGACUUGGUGUGAAUCUCAAUUGUAUUUAAUUGAUUAAUCUCAUCUCCUUACCUCACAUCCUCCCUCCUUGUCUCCUUCUCAAAGCACAUUGGCAGGGAAGAUCUGAGGUUCCUCCGUUUUGAGGAGGCAAGGAGGGAGGACACGAUGAAUCAAGGAAAUACAAUGAGUUUUCACCCUAUGACUAGUAGUCACAAUGUUGCUUUCCUGUGUUUUCCAGGCGGUUGUCGUGGUUUGACGGGUCAGGGAUGGGCUUCUCUCUGGAGUACCCCACUAUCAGCCUGCACGCCAUCUCACGAGACCUCAGCGCCUACCAGUGGCGGCUGGCCGAUAGAGGGCGCUAGGGCGCCGCCCCCUUAAAUAAAAUUAUUUAAAAAAAUAAAAUAAAAAAUAAAUAAAAAUAAUAAUAAUAAUAAUAAAAACAUCAGUAUGUCAAUAUUUGUGUGUUUGAAAUAUGGAAUGCACACAGUAAUAUGUGUAAGAUAUGAUAGAAAAUCAUAUUCGCAACCUUUCCUCUGCCUGUCAAACGCCUCGUCAGCUCUGGGCGAUACAGAAAGUGCCCCGAGGAGGCGGGUCUACGUAGCAGUUAAGCCAAUUGCUAAUUUAAGAUAUGAAUGUAUGACAUAAAAUGUAGCUAAUCAGCGAUUUUAAUUCGAAUCCAAGGAGGGCGAUUAUUUUAUCGCCCCAAGCUCGCCCCUGAUAAAAUAAGGACCGGGCUCCAGUGGCGCCAUUUUUACUAGACGACAAUGGUGAGCGCAAACGUUACUCCUCCAAGACCCAACCCUAACUCGGUGAAAUCUCUCCUCCAAGAUCCGUUUGAGAGGAGAACUUUGUCAGAGAAAGUUCGGGUGAAAGAGCUGGGCCCAGAUCAACCUGACCUCUCAAUCAGACAGCAGGCUAGCGAGAAAGGGAAGCAGUAUAUGCGCGGCUUCUCCCGUAGCUGGUACACCAGGAAGGCUUGGCUAGCUGGGUGCACUGAUGCUAAUGCUUUAUUUUGCUUUCCGUGCUUGCUUUUUAAAACGACGGGCCGGACGGGGUCAGAUUCAGCAUGGACAGGUACCGGAGUGAGGGAUAUGAAGCACCUGUCAGAGAAGGUAAAGAAACAUGAGAACACCAGGGCACACAUGGACAACUCUGUAAAGCUAGCUGUAUUAGGAAGGGUGAACAUUGCUACGCAGCUGGAUGACGGCCACAGGAUUGCGGUGAGGAAACACAAUGAGGAGGUGGAUAAAAACAGGCACAUUCUAUCCAAAAUUAUCGAUUGUGUGAAGUUCUGUGGGGCUUUUGAGUUGGCCUUGCGUGGGCACGAGGAGACUGACUCCUCGGACAACCCCGGCAUUUUCCGGGGCUUAGUGGAUUUUGUUGCCUCCCUCGACAGUGUGCUGGAGGAGCACCUGAAGACAGCUACCGUUUUUAAGGGCACGUCAAAGACGAUACAGAACGAGCUGUUGGAAUGUAUGCUGUCAGUGCUUAAGGAUUACAUCCUGGAGGAAGUAAAGAGUGCUGAUUUUAUCGCCAUUCAAGCUGACGAGACGACUGACGUUUCCACCCACUAACGUGUUUCCAGACCAUCAGAGACUCUGGGAACUUUGAUGCCCCGACUGUCAGAGAGGCGGGGGGCUUUGUGAGGAUGCUCGAAGACGAGGCUUUCUGUUUUUUCCUGGCACUGUUCCACAAGAUCAUGCCAAAUGUGGACAUGCUUUUCAGCCAGCUGCAGAAGAGGAACAUCGACCCUGUCUUCAUUAAAGCACUUGUCCAGAGGUUCACAGACAGCAUGCUAACAAUCAGGUAAAUAACUAUAUUUACUAUUGGCUGAUAAAGAUGUUGUUAGAAAGAUGAAUAGUUCACUUACAACAGUUUAAAAGCCUAAAUGUGUCUGGUCAUCAAAGUGAGUGAUUAUCAUAGAGCCGUCACAAUUAUAUUUGUUUUAGUAUUUUAAAAGGAAAGAGAAGACACAAUCAGACGUUGAUAAUAAUGCAGGAAAGUACUACACAGUUUGUAAUAAUUAUUCAGGUGUCCACCAGGUCAAUUUCUAGAAGAGGCCUAGUUGUUAUUGAAGAUUAACUUUAUUGCUAAGUGCACAGCAGAACAAAAUGAUGUUUACAUUUUACAUUUUAGUCAUUUAGCAGACGCUCUUAUCCAUGUUGCAUCCCUCUCACAAAUGUAAUAGAAAAAGGCUUUAAAACGUAAUAACAUCAGUUAAUUAUGUACAUCACAGGUUAAAAGCAGUUACUAGACAUAGUUUGUGUGUAUAUACACACUAUCUGUCUGUCUGUCUGUCUGUCUAUAUAUAUAUAUAAAAUUCCUGUACAAAUAAGAUGACAGACACACACACACAGAGCAGCUCUGGCCGCAUGUUUCUUUGUAUAUAGUUGACCUUAGCAUAAAAAAUCCAGUUAUAUAUGGUACUCUAGAAAGUCUUAAUAGUGUCUUUGCUAAUAUUACUGUAUAUAUGUUGUUUUGUAUCAAUUAAUUGUUGCAGUUCUGGAGCACAUUAACAAUUAGUCACAUUUAGUAUGAUCAUAAAAUACUGUAUGCUAUUCUUCCAGUCAAAGGUUUGAGUUCAUCCACUUGAUAUCCAUUUCUAUAUUAUACAUCCUUUUAUACAGUGUAAGAUUUCCUAUAAACUUUAUAAUAAUUUCAUGUUAUUGUCCACUUUCCACUCUGUUCUGACAGCAUGCCUGUUGCGUUGCCUGUUUACUACCAAUGGUGAAAAGUUCACUUUAAAUGCAAAUGAAAGGCUUGGGUUUGUGUAAUAUGUUUUUGUGUAAGAAUGCCUCAACUUUUUAAUAUUGGCAUUAAAUAAUUACUGAAUGUUUCACUGAGCACUGCUUUCCUGCAGUUUGUGUUAAAAUAUAUCGCGAUGGUUACAGGAAAAAAAAAGUAUGGCACAGCCCCACCGAGAAUAUUUUUCACCAGCCGCCACUGGCGCCUACCCACAGGAACAUCUAUACGUCAUGGUCAACGCCAAACUCAACGGUGAGUCACACACCUGUCCAUCAAGGUCAAUAUCAAACUCACAGUGAAACGCAAACUUGUGAUCGAGUAAGAAGAUCUUAAAGUGUGUGUUCCCCAGAUGAGAUGCAGGAGAAUGCCCAUGAUGAUGAGGAUAAGAGCAGUGAGGAAGAUGAGUCUGAGGGGAUCACAGAGAUCCGCUUCGUCCCUAGCAACAAGGCAGCAUGUAAGUCUGAGGGGAGAAGGAUGUCUAGUAGGGCAGGGCUAAACUAAAUUAAAUUCAUCUUGUUAGAAAUUGCGUAAUUCAAAUCUGGUAUUGGAAUAAGAAUCAAGAGAUCUUCAAUCCAAGCUAAAUUUAUUAUAUGCAAAAUGUAUGUAUGAUAAGUAUGAAGGUUCGUAUACAGGCUCACUGAAAUACCACGCAGGGCAGACAGAGAACUGAUCCAUUGUUAUGAGUUCUUCUUAAAAUACUCGGACAGAGAUAUUUCCCGCUCCCUGCUGGCCAAUCAGAGUAGAGACUGAGCGUGGUUUAGACUUACUCAGCCUAUCCGUUGGCGCACCGGCUGGUCCCAGCCCCUUGGCGCUCCACUGUUGCACACUGUUGCCAGGCAUAAGUUUUUAUCAUAACAACCUGUGGAGUCAGCACCCAAAAGACACCGUUCCACUGUACUCUAAGUACCUACGUUCAAGGACAGUUCACAGACAACAAAGAGGCAGUGUUUGUAUCUGUGAGAAAUACAAGUCUUAUCAUCCUACCCCUAACGUUCCUCACAUGAAUCACAGCUUGUUAUGUGAAACAAUUCAUAUCAGUACAGUACAAACCUUUUAUGCUUUAAUCAUUAAUGCAUUCCUUCUAAGCUAUUCAUCCCUCCAGUUAUGAGAAAAUAGAUCCCCACAAUCUUUAUUAAGCAGGUCACAGAUAACAUCUUCCACAUAUAAUACAACAAGUGCUGUACAAUAGUCAAUAACAAGCUACACACAUGCAUUAGGGAUGUCUAAAGCUUUUGGCUUUCCAGUUCUUUGACAUGCAGCUCUAGUUUGGAAUCACAAUGCUAGCUAGGAUUUCCCUAACGUGUGUCCAGUGGAGUCUAUGUUUUCAGCGAUGUGUGAGUGUCAGGCCCUGCACCCAGACCCAGAUGACGAAGACUCCGACGGGGACUUUGACGGAGAUGAGUACGAUGUGGAGGAGGCAGGUGUGUAA